UUAUGUUAUCAAACACAUAAAAUGUUAACAAAGCCUUAUUCAUCCGUCUAGUUCAUCCCUUCCUCUCUUCUUCUUCUUCUUCUUCUUCUUCUUCUUCUUCUUCUUCUUCCACCAUCAUGCUUCUCCUCUUCCUCUUCUUCGUUUUAUUCUCCCAUCUACACACUGCCUUCUCUGCACACUGCACCACCACCACUGCCACAAAAACCUUUCAAAAAUGCAUGACACUUCCUACUCAGCAAGCCUCAAUAGCCUGGACCUUCCAUGCCCAUAAUGCAACAUUAGACCUUUGUUUCUUUGGCACCUUCAUUUCACCAUCAGGUUGGGUAGGUUGGGGCAUAAACCCUACUUCAGCUGAAAUGACUGGUACCCGUGCUCUGGUAGCCUUUCCUGACCCUAACUCUGGCCAGUUACUUUUACUUCCCUACAUUUUAGACCCUACUGUGAAGCUACAAAAGUCCCCUCUUCUCUCUAGACCUCUGGACAUCAACCUUAUCUCUUCUUCAGCCACUCUUUAUGGUGGAAAAAUGGCAACUAUUCACAAUGGUGCCACAGUUCAAAUUUUUGCUACCCUCAAACUUGCACCUAACAAAACCAAAAUACACCAUGUAUGGAACCGUGGCCUCUAUGUUCAAGGCUACUCUCCAACUAUCCACCCUACAACUUCCAACGAUCUUUCAUCUAUUGCAACCAUUGAUAUAAUGUCUGGCUCCACAGCUGUUCAGCACAGCAAUGUUAAAACAUUAAGAACUGUGCAUGGGAUCAUAAACGCCAUUUCAUGGGGUGUUUUGCUUCCGAUUGGAGCAGUCACAGCAAGGUACUUGCGCCACAUACAAGCCUUGGGGCCUUCUUGGUUUUAUGCUCAUUCAGGGAUCCAACUUUGUGCAUUUUUUCUAGGGACUGUUGGGUUUGCCAUUGGAAUUAGGCUAGGAGAAUUGUCACCAGGAGUGACGUAUGGACUGCAUCGCAAACUUGGGUUUACGGCAUUUUGUUUGGGCGCUUUACAGACACUUGCACUUCUGUUUAGGCCCAAGACUACACACAAGUUUAGGAAGUAUUGGAAAUCUUAUCACCAUUUUGUGGGGUAUGCUUGUGUUGUGCUAGGAGUUGUGAAUGUUUUCCAGGGAUUUGAAGUGAUGGGACAAGGCAGGUCUUAUUCGAAGUUGGCUUAUUGUUUGUGUUUAUCUUCAUUGAUUGGUGUUUGUAUAGCUUUGGAGGUGAACUCUUGGGUCAUUUUUUGUCGAAAAGCCAAAGAAGACAAGCUAAGAAGAGAAGGAUUAAUCGGUGGGUCUGAUAAAGGGAGUGGAAUCCAUAGCUGAGUGACGUUGGGCUUUUACAGCCUUAACAAUUUUGUGUUCAAACUAUGUUCUUUAACAUCACAAUUCCAUGAAAGAAACUUCAUUUUCAUAUGUUAUGCCGAAAGCUCCAUUUUCCUGAUUUCUUAAAAGAAAUUUGCAUAUGUUUGUUUGCUGUUCAA